CCCAUAUUUGCAAAAAAAAAAAAACUAUUUUUGUCUUCAUCUCCCUCCAAAAUGUUAUAUCUUUCCCUCUCAUCACCCACUCCUCGUUCUUACCUUCCAAAGCCUUUCUCUCUAUCAACCAACAAACCCCGUUUCCAUGUACUCUCGAAAAACCAAUUCUCCGGUGGUGGAAACACUUCGCCGGAGGAACCAGUUGUUACUCCCGAGGGACUCCGCCGUGAGUUAAUGCCGAAGCACGUAGCAGUCAUUAUGGAUGGGAACAGAAGAUGGGCUCAGUCUCAAAGAUUGCUGCCUCAGGUCGGUUACUUGGCGGGUGCCGCAGCCUUGAAGUCGGUGAUGGAUGUGUGUCGUAAGUGGGGAAUCCAGAUUGAAGUCGAUCCCCUCCUUGGUAUGUUUGUAAGUAAAAUAAAAGAUGAAAUUGCUUAUAUGGAGAGGGAGAAUAUCCGGCUUUCUGUCAUUGGAGACGUAUCAAAGCUUCCGCAAUCCUUGCGUGAAGUUAUCACACAUGCUGAAAACGCCACGAAGAACAAUUCACAACUCAAUCUUGUUAUAGCGAUUAAUUACAGUGGGAAGUAUGAUAUCGUCCAAGCUUGUCAAAGCAUCUGCCAAAAAGUCAAAGAUGGCGUGGUAGAACCUGAAGAAAUCAAUGAGUUUAUGAUCGAUAAUGAACUUUGUAUGAACUUGAUGCGGUUUCCAGAUCCUGAUCUUCUUAUUCGGACAAGUGGGGAGGUUAGAGUGAGCAACUUCUUUUUAUGGCAGCUGGCAUAUACUGAACUAUACUUCACUGAAAACCCUUUGGCUGGAUUUUGGAGAAGAUGAACUUUUACGUGCUUUACAUGUUUUUCAACAGAGACCAAGGCGAUAUGGUGUAUGAUUUUUUUUAGGGGUUGGUUAAAAAGACACCCUAUUUUAUCAUUUAGACAACCCUAAUUAAUGUUUGAAAUAUUUUUAUCGGUUAAAAUUGCAUUAUUUUCCGAAAAAACUGAUUACAA